AUGUUAUGGCAACGAACCUCCUCCGUCAAGCUUGACUCCUCUCCUGCCAUGGUGCAAACUCGAUGUCGCAAUUUCUCCGAUAUCGAGAAGCGCCGGCUGUCACACGAGCAUGAGUACAGCGAUGAAGAAGAUGAAGAACCAGAUUCAGCCGCGGCUUCACGAUCGGUAUCCUCAUAUUCCCAGCAUGCGCCCAUGCUGAAUCGCGCUUACUCCCACAGAGAUCGAUCUGGUUCCCUACUACGGCUACGGCCAUCGAUGAUGCGCUAUGCUUGUCUUGCUGUGGCCGGCAUAUUAUUGCUGUUCAUGCUGUCGCUGGUAAGAUUCAGUCAGCAGUCCCAGAAAGAAGUACAACAGGCAAUAAUAAAAGACAAGCAAACACCGAAGCCAGCUGUAUGGGAGGACUUCCCUUUUCUGCAAAGGUACUACGGUGGCAUCAGGAACCUAGUGCUCAAGAAGGACAACAAGCCUGAGUAUCCUGUCGCGGACGAUGAAGCGCCAGUACAGCAUACCUCCGAUACUGACUCUUCCGAUACCGAUACGAAACCUCCUGCUGCAAAAAGAGAUGUGUUGGAUAGAGGCCAUGUCCCUGACAGCAUCGAGUUCGAUCCUUACCCUAAAUACACGACUGAAGAAUACGUAGCGGAAUGGGGCGACAAAGUUGACUGCUUUUUAGAUGAGAGGAACACUGUACAGAUCCCGCGCGUCCGCAUAUAUGAAGCAAUACCUCAGGGCUUUCCGGACAAUGUGAUGGGUUCGGCUGAUUUGCUCGGUAUGCGAAACGAUAUCUGUUACGAUCGAUUUGGCAGAUGGGGCCCAUAUGGUCUGGGAUACAGCCUCAAUAAGGGUGGUAGUGGUGCUCAACAGGGUGGUGACAGAGACGGUGCUGAUCUCGUAUGGCAGGCUCAUCCUGAAGUUGAUUUCAGAAAAGUCAACUGGGCCUCAGUCCAGCAAAGGUGUAAUGCUGCCAACGCGCAUCGUUUCAAGGAGCUGCCCGAGCCGAAACUCGAAAGAUUUCGAAGUAUGCAGCCCGGCGCGCUCACAAAACGUGUCAGGCUUGACGACGAUGUGCCUGCACAUGUUGCAAAGCCCAGGACUGGACGAUCUAGAAUCUCACGCACAGCUGUUGUCAUUCGUACGUGGGCCGACUAUCGCUAUACUCCCGAAGACCUCAUCUAUCUGAGAUCACUAAUAGCAGAAUUGAACGUGCUAAGUGGUGGCAAGUACACAGUGCACUUUCUCAUCCAUGUAAAGGACGACAAUGCUCAAAUCUGGUCGGAUGAUGAAGUCUAUGAGAAGUACCUUCGCGAAUCUCUCCCUGAGGAGUUCCGAGGUAUGGGCACAUUGUGGACCGAGCGCCAAAUGUUUCUCGUUUAUGGCGGACUAGAAGAAUCUUGGGUACGGGGCUUGCCUGUGCACGGUGUUUAUCGCAGCACUUUUAUGCCGAUGCAGUAUUUUGCCUACCAGCAUCCAGAAUAUGAACAAUUCUGGCACUGGGAAAUGGACAUUAGGAGCACGAACCAUUGGUAUCAUCUCUUUGAGAGCGUCAGUAACUGGGCCAAGAAACAGCCGAGAAAGUAUCUUUGGGAGCGGAACGCGAGAUUCUACAUUCCUGCCGAGCACGGAUCUUAUGAUGAUUUCUCCCACAUGGUCCGCAUUCAAACCGACCAGGGCACGAACAGUGCAAACAACGUAUGGUCAGGACUGCGAGCCGGCGGCCGAGAACCUGGGACGGAAAGCCAGAAGAUCUCGGGCGACAGACCAGUAUGGGGUCCUGAGCGACCACUUGAUGACGAUGUUUCCAUGCCUGGCAUUGACGCAGAGCCUCCCACAGCUUUCGAGAAGGACAAGUACACGUGGGGCGUGGACGAAGACGCGGACCUGAUAACGUUCAAUCCCUUAUUCGAUCCAGAUGGAACAAGUUGGCUUCUAGCAGACGACACCACUGGCUAUAACAUUACCCGAGGUCGACCUCCACGGCGCGCAGCCAUCAUCACCGCGUCUAGGCUUUCUCGCAAACUGCUUAUGGCCAUGCACCGUGAACUUAGUCACAACAGGCAUAGUAUGUUCUCAGAAAUGUGGCCGGCAUCCUGCGCUUUGCACCAUGGUCUCAAAGCUGUUUACGUGCCACAUCCAGAGUUCAUUGACCGACGUUGGCCAACUUCGUACCUCGAGAAGACCUUUAAUGGCGGCAGGAAUGGUGCUAGUGGUGGUGCGAGGACUUCAGUAUUUGGUGAUCGUGAACACAAUUUCCGAGGCACGACUUGGUACUACAAUGCGGGCUUCUCAGAGGUGCUCUGGCAUAGGUGGUUAGGGAUGAAGAUACACAACGAUGGUGGCGAGGUAUUCGAAGCUGAGAACGAAGGCCGGAUGUGUUUACCUGGGAUGUUGUUGCAUCCGAUCAAAAGAGUCGAGUUAGUCCAGGAAGGCAAGAAAGCGGACUGA